CAUUUUGAUCUAUUUCUAAUCCCUAAUAUUGGGAAAGAUCUUUUACAUGUACAAAAAUAUCUUAUUGCCAAAGGAAAGGUUCCUCCUGAAAAGCGUAUCAAAAAACGUCUAACCUAAGAUCCCAAAUCAAAAUCAGCCUUAAUCCCCAUUGUUGUAAUCAAGUGGAGCUUGACGAUGAUGCAGAACGAAGAUUGAUUUAAAUUUGCGUUCAGAUGAUCAACUGGAGUCGAAUUUACGGCAGUAUUUAUAGAAAAUGAUCAACGAGAGUCGUAACAAAAAAUCACUCCAUUCUCGCUAUGUCAAGGCUCUUGGGGUUCAGAAACAUUAAAAGAAUUGUGCAAUCAAUUCGAACAAACAACUCAAGAAUCCAAUCAAAAGAUGGGAACCACAAAUCAGUCGAUAAAAUCGCUCUGUUUUCCUCACAACCCACAUUCCCUUCUAAACAACGUACUUUCUUUUCCCGAAAUACCCCUGGUUCAUUUUACAAUGAGAAACCACUAUCUCCCAUACUCAAAAUCUCCCGAGCAUUUUACUUUAUCACUAACCCACUCUUAUAUAGUCAUUCCUGGUUAGAUGAAAGUGUUCAACAGUUUGCUGUUUUUAUGAUGUCACAAGUGGAUCUUGCACGUGAAGCUGCUCAUUUGAGUCGAUUUAUUUACAAUUUUAGAAGAUGGAAAGAUGUUUCGUUUCCAAAGCCUGUUUAUCCACUUGUACAUCCUGCUGUUUUGGUUGAAACUUUUGAACAAGGUGAAAGUGUUGCGUUUUAUGUUGAUGAGCUUCAAGGACACGAGAGGCUUAAAAGUUCUCUUGCUCAUAUCGGGACCCACGCACUUCUCAAAAUGCUUCUGGUGGAUAAUUUCAUACAUGCGGACAUGCAUCCUGGGAAUAUUCUAGUACGAAACAAAUCAUCGAGGAAAGGGAUAUUUAAAUCAAAGCCACAUGUUGUGUUUCUUGAUGUUGGAAUGACUGCGGAACUUUCCGGAAGCGAUAGAGUCAAUUUGUUGGAGUUUUUUAAAGCGGUUGCAAGGCGAGAUGGUGACACUGCAGCCAAAAGCAUGUUGAGGUUAUCAAAGCAGCAGAAUUGCCCUAAUCCACAAGCAUUUAUAAAGGAAGUCAAGGAGUCGUUUGACUUUUGGGGUACUGAAGAAGGCGACAUUGUACACCCUGCUGAUUGCAUGCAUCAAUUGUUAGAGCAAGUAAGGCGUCAUCGAGUCAAUGUUGAUGGAAAUGUAUGCACUGUGAUGGUUACAACUUUGGUUCUUGAGGGUUGGCAAAGGAAGCUUGAUCCGGAUUAUGAUGUUAUGCAUACGCUACAAACUUUGUUGCUAAAAGAAGAUUGGGCAAAAUCACUAACCUACACGAUAGAAGGAUUAAUGGCCCCAUAAACUUGAUUUAAAGAAAAAUUUUGGAAACAUAAAGUGUUCAUAGUUGUUCAAACAAUAUCUUGAUUGGUUUAAUCUUUUUUCCAAUUGUUGAACUUUUGUAGAUGAAUUUUUGAGUUUAUGAAAGCAAAAUACUGG